AUGGGAAUAAUUGGAGAAUGGAGCUACAGUGAAAGAGGGACCCAACAGGAAGAGGCUUCUGAGAAACUGAAAGAAAUUGGUCAAAAAAUUGCUCAAAAAUGCAAAGGACUGCCCAUUGCGGUUACCGUCAUGGGAAGCCUGUUACGCUGGAAAGACACUGAGGACGAGUGGCAACAUGUUUUUGAUAGUAAAAUCUGGGAGACGGAGGAAGUUGAAUCAUAUCUCUUUCCUCAUUUGUAUCUAAGCUAUGAUGAUCUAACCCCACAAAUGAAGCGAUGUUUUUCAUAUUGUGCUGUCUUUCCCAAGGAUUAUAGAAUACGUGUAGAAGACCUCAUCAGAAUUUGGAUGGCACAAGGUUAUCUCACAACAAAAAAUGGAAGAAAUGAUCAGAACCAGAUGGAACUAAAAGGCCUGGAUGUUUUUCGGAAUUUAGCAAUGCGCUCUUUUUUUCAAAGUUUGGAGAAGUCUAGAAGGGAUUCCGACAUCAUCAUAUCUUGCAAAAUGCAUGACAUAGUGCAUGAUUUUGCCAAGUUUAUUUCAAAAAAUGAAUGCUACAGUAUUAGCCAGCAUGAGGAUGAGGUGCAACUUGAAAAUCAUCGUCAUUUGUCAUGGCAGAAAAUUGGAAAACAUUUGGAUCCUGCUUCCAUUUGUGAUGUCAUCGGGAAACUUCGUAGUUUUUUUGCUGAAAACCUUUCUCCAGAACAACUUACUCCAAAUAUGUUCAAUGCUCUAAAAUCUGUGAGAGUAUUGGGAUUGCGUGCCUGUAAGAUGUGGAAACUCCCAAAGGAUAUAGGAAAUUUGAUUCAUCUAAGAUACAUUGAUUUACGUUGGAGCCAAAUAAGGGAGUUACCUGAUUCAAUUUGCUCUUUGGAUAACUUGCAAACUCUAGAUCUUAAAGGAUGUAAGUGUCUUUCUAGACUACCUGAAGAAAUUGGAAACUUGUGUCAUCUAAGCGUGAUUGAUUUAAGUUCGAGCAAAAUAGAGGAGUUACCUGAUUCAAUAUGCUCUUUGGAUAACUUGCAAACUCUAGAUCUUGAAGGAUACUACCUGAAGGGAUUGGAAAUUUGUCUCAUCUAA